UGCUUCAUUCGGUCGAUCCCGUUUUUAUUAUUUCAUUUAUUUUUAGUUUCAGCCACUCCAUCAGUUGGCGAGUCGAGCAGUUUAGUCUAGACAGCUGUGAGCGUGAAUCCCAAGUUCAGUCCCGACUGUUGCACCUGCCCUUUUGCCAAUGUCCCUGGUUUAUUACAAUAUACGGAGAGGAUAAACCUGGAGGGCUUCAACUGGAAACCCUUAAAAGACACUCGCAUUUCUGCCAAACGUAUUGCAUUUGAGGACUGCCCUAAAGGAAAUGUCGGUGAAUAGGAUAUCGGGCACAGUUUCUUUGCAUUUAUUUCCCUGUGUGUUGGUAUAGCUCCGAAAGUUGCCUUAUUCGGUCAGACGCUAUAAACUCGCUUUCGUCGCUCCCAGACUUCCAUCUCCUGCCGCAUAUAACCGCAAAAAAUCGUAAAACUUUCCACUUGGUUAUUUCGGGAGUGGGACGAGUGCUUUCUUUAAGGGGACGUGCUGCUGGACAUUUGCAGAAAGAAAGACGAGCUGCAAUACGUCCCCUUUCAACAUUCAGUUGGCGAACAACAUCUUCGUGACAACAAUAGCGUCAGCUUUGCUCUCUCAGCGUUCACGGAAACCACGUUAAUUGCCGAAAGAUGUCGACCCUUUAAAGGUAAUCCAACAGGGAAAACCAAAUUUGAUUGCAAAAACUAAACGCUCCAAUUCUGAAAUUUCGACUGCGACUCAUUUGCAAAGCUUCGAGAACAACGUCUCAAGUAAGGCAGGAACUUGUUCCCAUUAAAUCCUCUGUCUUCAAUCUAAAACAUCAUGGCGUCACAAGAAGAAACGAUAUCAGAUGCCGUUCAGCAGCUCAACUUAAAUGAAGCACGAAGUGCUCCUCCGCCGCCGAUAUCAAUCCUACCGGUACUAGACACAAACCAAAAAUUAGGAGGAGGGAACAGCGGAAACGUUUUCACAGCCACUUGGACAGUUGCUGUCAAGCGGAUUCAAUUAUGUAACAUUAAAAACAACAACGAAGAAGUGGCUCUGAAAAAACUUAACCAUCCAAACGUCGUUAAACUCUUUCACGUUUACUGCGACAGUGUUUUCAAGCAUUAUGCGCUGGAAUUUUGCCACACAUCGAUGGAUCAAUUAUUCCAUCACGGCGAAGAGGCCCAGAAAAACUAUCGCGAGAAAAUGCCCCCAGAAGAAAAAGUUUGCCUCCAGUUGGCCAAGGGAUUGGCAUAUAUUCACGAAAAGGGAUUGAUUCAUCGAGAUCUCAAACCGGAAAACGUCCUCAUCUGGGUGGAUUCCACUGGAGAAAAAGUCUUAAUGAAAUGGGCCGAUUUCGAACAAUGCGUACCAGUCGACGAAAACGGAUGUUACACCAUCAUUGACGUAUCAGAGGUAGGGACCCCUGACUGGAACGCCCCCGAAUUAGUGCAGAUACAAAAAGACGGAAAUGAGACAGCACCAGGAACCGUCAAAAGCGACGUCUUUUCCCAAGGACUCGUCUUUGGUUAUUACAUUUUAGGAGGACGUCAUCCUUAUCCAGAAGAAAACAUAAUGCAAUACAUUCUCGAUUCAAAACCAGAAAAUCUGAAAGGUAUAUGUAGGCCUACCCAUUUUAAGAACAUCAUUUGAAUAGCAAAUUGAAUUUCAUGUUCAUCCUUGCAGGAAAAAGGGACCAUCCCAUGCACGCGAUUAUCAUGAGAAUGUUGGAGAAGGAUCCUGAAAUGAGGAUUUCAUCAGCCGAUGUCGUGACAGAAAUCACCAACAUUGUUGAUGAACGACAAUAGCAUGAACAACUUUCUCCUCCCCCCGCUAUACAGUACUUCAUUUCAAAUGGAGCCGAGAAAGGACAGAAAGGAAACCAGAAUCAACUGGUUGGUUUCUAAAAAAUCUUGAAAUCGAGGCGUUGCCCUAAAUAUGGCAACAAAAAAAAAAACACCACGAAGACCUCCUAGCUGAAAUCCUAACGAGAUUCGUCUCACUGCCCAACAAAAUGCAUUCAAGGACUUUUUCAAACACCUUUUCCGCACCUUUAAUUGGUUACUUUGUUUUCGCAUAACUAUAAAAACAGUUAUUAAUUCAGACUAUAGGCCUACUUUUGUUGUCAAACAAAAACUAUACAGACAUACACUAUAAACUCAAUUCCAAGACUUUUUCGGCUCGGUGCCGCACUUGAAAUCAUAUCGAUGUUUACUACGAGAAUUUCAUGAUCGGCGAAAUCAAUUCAGGCUAGCACUAUCGCAAAUACCGUUUUAAUUGUUUCAUUAAUUAAUCCAAAGAAAUAAUGAGAUGCAAGAGAUUGACAUUUCAGAAUAAAGCGCAAACCAAACAUA